CACCUCUAGAAAUGAUAAACGUUUCUUCCUGAAGACUCAAAACAAACGGGAGAUAAAAUUCCUUCUGGCCAACCUGAAGAUCUACAUGGAGCAUCUGAGGAAUUACCCACAUUCACUGCUGGUCAAGCUCUUAGGGGUUCACAGGAUCCGAAUCCCGCGCAGUCGGAAGAAAUACUUCAUGGUGAUGCAAAGCGUGUUUUAUCCAGAUGAUCGCAUCAACGCCAGAUACGACAUUAAGGGCUGUGAAGUGAGUCGCUGGACCGAACCGGCACCAGAGGGGAGCCAGAUCAUCGUGGUCCUCAAAGACCUCAACUUUGAAGGACAGUUCAUCAGUCUGGAGCGGCAGCGUUCUUGGCUCAUCCAGCAGGUGGAGAUCGACACAAACUUCCUUCAGAGGCUAAACGUGUUGGACUACAGCCUCCUGCUGGCCCAUCAGCCUUUACACCAAGACGAACGCAACCAGAGCCUGUCCUUCGCUUCCCUCAUCGUCAGGACCAAAAAGUCUGUGAAUCCAGGGUCCAGCCCCAUUCCUACCAGCGUAGUCAGAGUUCCAGGAUCGGUACCAGAUGAUGAUGCUACAAGAAUGUUAUCUGAAUCGGACUCUGGCUUAAAGAUGUCACGCAGCGGCAGCUUCUCCCCGACCUCUCAGGAGCACGUUGGCUCUGGAGCGGACACACCAGAGAUUCCAGACUUCAAGGCUCAAAACCGACGCCUUCUGCCAAACCUGAAGAACCCAUUACACAUUAUAGAUGGACCUGAGCAGCGCUAUUUCAUCGGCAUCAUUGACAUUUUCACAGUUUACAGCUUUAAGAAAAGGCUGGAGCAUCUGUGGAAGAGUCUGAGACAUCCUGGGAGGUCCUUCUCCACCGUCAAUCCUCAAACAUACUGUCUCCGGCUCUGUCAGUGGGUCCAAGACCACGCCAAGUAACAGACAUCAGGAUGACGACUGAUUUUACAGGUCCAAAAGAUCACAAGCAUAUAGCAUGCUCAUGAUUGGGUCUAUACAUCCCAGAAGGUCUUUAAAUGAGAUAAAACCACCAUCAGAGAUACUAAAAAAUAAAUAGGUCCCUGUAUUUUUGUAAUUGUGCAAGAAGUAAACCAUAGUAAUGCAUCAAGAAAGAAAGUCAGGCAGGCUCUGCUGAUGAGCUGCAUUGGUUAAUAAAGAGAAAUUAGCAAGAAUCUCAGAGCGGCAACUAGUUUGGCUGUUUUGGCAAUGCUGAAUCUCAUUGAAGAAGAAGGUUCUGGUACCGGUUCCUCUGGACAGAUCCGACCAAAGCAGAGAUAAUUGACCAUGAUUGACAGAAUCCAAACCAAACCUGGUGUUCUGUCAGAU